GAAAAACUGGGUGCUUCAAGUAGUUAUUCUUAACGGAUGUGCUUAAGAGGAAAAGACCCAGAUUCUUCUUUUGAAAACCCCCAAUUUUUAGGGUUUAGCUUACAAUCACAGAGAAGGAAUAUAAGAGUUGUUUUUUCUUUUUAGGGUUCAACUUACAAUCACAGAGAAGGAAGAUAAGAGUUUUUUUUUUUGGUUUUUGAAAAAGGAUGGAUAUAUUAAGAAAAAAAAUUCACAAGAAAGGAAUAGAAGAGUUGCUGCAAAAGAAAAAAAAGAUGGCUAAAAGCAGCAGAAGGAAACCUAAUAUUUUAGUAACAGGAACACCAGGAACUGGGAAAACAACAACAUCAUCUCAACUAAGUGAAGCUACUGAAUUUCGUCAUAUUAACAUUGGAGAUCUUGUUAAGGAGAAGAAUUUACAUGAUGGUUGGGAUGAUGAAUUAGAAUGUCACAUCAUCAAUGAAGACUUGGUGUGUGAUGAACUUGAGGAUAUAAUGGAACAAGGUGGAAACAUUGUUGAUUAUCAUGGUUGUGAUUUUUUCCCUGAGCGUUGGUUUGAUCGAGUUGUGGUUCUUCAAACUGAUAAUUCUGUCUUGUAUGACCGCUUGAGCAGCAGAGGUUACGAUGGAUCAAAGCUUACAAACAACAUUGAAUGUGAAAUCUUUCAAGUGUUACUGGAAGAGGCAAGAUCCAGUUACCCAGAGGACAUUGUUGUACCAUUGGCGAGCAAUUGUGUCGAUGACAUAAGUAAGAACGUCACCACAUUGUGUGACUGGAUUAGGAGUUGGCACCCAACAUCCUAAACUCCUGGUCGGGAUCUUGGUAUCUCUCGUAAAUAGUUAUAUAUAAUUCAAUAAAAUAUUAGAACAUAGUAGGAGCGAUUUUCACUAUCUACAAUAGUUGCUUUAUUCAGGUUAUUAGAUUUUUGUAAUGGAUGAUAGAGUUAUCUAAUUAUUAUGAAGUUUCAAGCCUGGUAAAAGUGCACAGUUAAACAUGGUUUAAUGAUUCUCGUCAGAAAAUCUUUUUGGGGUGUCUUUAUAUGC